AUGGCUCUUAUCCGAGCUCAUGAACAACUUGGUCAAGCCGGUGAACGUCUUGGUGCUUCAGCAUUACUUCUUCAUGUUGGUGAUCGACUUAUUUCGUGUGCAUGCAGCGGGCAUGUUAGAGCGAUUAUCUGUAGAAAUGGAAAUGCAUUCAAUGUGAAUCGCAAUCCUUUGAAUCUCACUGCAGACGAAUAUAGACAAAUUCGAGCUGGAAAUGCUACGGUGACAGAAGAGAAUACGAUAGAGGGUAUAUGCCAUAGUCCUCGGUCGCUUGGAUUUUCAUUCCUCUAUCCAGCUAUCGUUCCAAAUCCUGAAAAGGUAGCAGUCGAAAUUGAAAAGGAAGAUGAGUUUUUAAUCAUUGCGUCAAGAGCUUUAUGGCAAUUUUUAUUACCGCAACAGGCCAUCAAUUUGAUUCGAAAUGUUCGCAAUCCACAAAUUGCAGCGAAGAAACUUCAACGGUUUCUAUCUAAGGAUGCGGUCCAAUCUUUUGAAUACAAUGGCAAUAUUAGUAUUAUUGUUAUUCGAUUCAAAAAAACAGACGAAAAAAUUUAUCAAAAUCAUCGCUUAUUGCAAAUAUCACCGCUGAAAUUGAAAUCCAUUUCAGUUUUAUCAUUAAAUGAUGAAGAAAUAACACUUCGAAAUAUCGAAGAGCGUUUGGAACAAAUUAGCGAAGCAAUUAAUAAAAUCGAAGACGAAUCUAACAAUAAUCAACAAAUAUUUGAAAAUCAUGUAGAAGGCGGAAAAUUUAACAAAUUUAGCAAAUUUUCUGUUCGCCAUACUAAACAUCGCAGCGCUGAUUCUGCCAGGCAACGUGAAAAUGCAUCAUCAUGGAACUCGUGUGUGAAUAGUAAUUGUGACCUUAGCUUAACACCGCGUGAACUGUCAACAGUACCGUCGAGAGCGCCAUCUGUUUUGAGCGCACCACCAGAUCCACAUUCAUUGGAGCUCAAUACUGAUUCCAAUCGAGAGCGCUUCUGUAUUCGAAGUCGUAUUGAUAUGUUUGACCGAUUAGGAAACGAUACUGGUUCAUCUACAAGUCGUGAACGUUUUCAACGAGCUCGUUUGGCGCUUAAUGAACGACUUUUUUUCAAACCAUCAAUAUUGAAUCCAUUAGAAAAAUGUUACUUAUGA